CGAAGGUCCGCUUUUUCAAGUUUUUUUUUUUUUUUUUUUUGACUGGUUUGUAUCUCGAGCGGGACUGGAUUCCUAUAAAACUUCACUGUCUUUGGUCACUUGAAUAAAGGUGAACGCUGUGGUUUUCAAUUAGCUUUUCCCGAGUCCGCAUUAUACUGAUAAAGGCCCGGGGGCGGAGCGCGGCGCGUGUCAAAAACAAACUGUCACCGCUUGAAACUGUUGGUCCGCUGUGAGACACGCCCCGGCACGCGACACGAGUGUCGCCUGACUGUUGCUAUGGUAAAGUACUAAUGGCGCCCGAAAGUCUCACUUCGCUAGCUACAAUCGGCGGCCUGUGAACGAAUCCGGCACACGUCCCCUGGUGUGAUCUAAAGCUUGCCGCUGGACACGAUUACGUCAGGAUAUUGUCCCCCGUUUCUAAGAGAAAGGAUAUUUAAAUUACAUGUACAAGAGAGCCGCAAAGCUAUCAAUUUUCGUGUCGGUGGUCGGAUACAAAUUGAACGGGGCUACCUCACUAAAUCACAAAAAUAAUCGCAGCACUUAUAGUUAUAGUUCGAAACUUGUAUUAGCGCUAGUCAAUGUGCUACUUGCAGUUCAUCAAAUCCUGUGGGUGACCGCGUAAUGGGCCCUUCUAAGGCAAACAUACGUACCGUAAAGUCUUGUCACGGUGAUGUGCCAAACGGUAAGAAAUGAACAGUUAAUUGAAUUUAGGUUAUGACGGGAUGUUGUCAAUAAUGUCAACAAAUUAUACCGCCUCUGUUGACAGCACGGGGCCGCCGCGCGAGUUCUUUGUUCUUAUGUGGAGGCGCCAAUCGGCGGUUAGAUCAGAGGCACUUGUCGGCUUACUUGCAAAACGUCAGAGUCACUGUCAUUCAGGACAGUGUACACGUGCGACACGUGUCGAGAAGUGUCACUGCUAGCAAACGUUUCUUUUUUCUUUUAUCUGUGAUCAAACUGUGAUCGAAGUCAGUCCGUGAACGGUGUACCUUCUGUAUUAUGUAUUGAUAAAAUAUUGUGGCAUCCUCAUGGGGCGGAAAGAGCAGAAGGCGCGAGAGAAGAAACGCGCGGCAGCUACGUGCCACAAGCUGGACAGCUUCCUUCCGAAGAAAACGAAGACGGCACAGCUUUUGGAUGAGGCCUCGGAAAGUCGGUCAUCAACUUUGGACGCUCAGCCGUCAACGUCAGACGCUCAGCCCUCGACAUCGGACGCUCAAAUCGACAAUGUACCACUCACUGUAAGUACUAAUCCGGUAAGUGGCGAAGUGAGCUGUUAUCAGGACGAAGGCGGCGGCAGCAACAUUGUCGAUAUUGGAGAGAUGUACCUCCGUUCGGAGACCAGUAAUGUGUUUUGCGACAACGUAAAGGCUCUAACAACAGCCCAGAAAUACAACUUCCUCUGCCAUCACAGCAAACCGCCAGAGGAUAAAACAUUUCCGACUCAGUAUCUUGGCGGCUGUAAUCGCAGUUUCCGACACAAAUGGCUCGGAAAACACAAAUGGAUGGUAUAUAGCGAGAAGGUGGACGGCAUCUUUUGCAUGCCGUGUGUGCUUUUUGCCGCCGAUCCGUCAAAGGGGCAGUUGGUGACCAAGCCAUUCAGAGUGUGGAACAAGAAAAGUGAGAAAGUCAAGACUCACGAGACCAACUGUGACUACCACGAUGAAGCAAUGGAAAAGGCUACCUUACUCAAGCAAGCAGUGGAACGACCCCACACCACAAUUGCCGCCCAAGUUGAUGCAAGAAAGGCAGUUAACAUCCAAAACAACCGAGAGGUUAUUAAGUCUAUCGCCAGAGCAGUGCUGUUCUGUGGCAGACAAUGCAUCGCACUACGAGGCGACAAGGAAGACCUGAACUCUCCCGGCAACCCGGGAAACUUCCUGGCGUUGCUAAGGUUGAUGGCAGUGACAGAUGGUGUGCUGCAAAAGCACUUGCAAGCACCUGCCAUGAGAAAUGCCACAUGCAUGUCCCCACAGACGCAGAACGAGUUGAUUGAGGUUAUGGGGAAACACAUGAUUUUGAAGGGAAUCUUAGAAGAGAUCAACGCGGCCCCCUUCUACAGUAUCAUGGCGGAUGAAGUUACCUCGCACAACACUGAGCUUCUCGCGAUUUGUGCCAGAUUUGUCGACAGCAACAAUAACAUUAGGGAAGACUUUCUCAAGUUCAUACAAGUAGAUCGGAUCACAGGGAGAAGUAUUGCAGAGGCUAUCCUGCAAUUCUUGAGGGAGAAUGGUAUCCCUACCCGUAACAUGCGAGGGCAGGGAUAUGACGGUGCCAGCAACAUGUCGUCAAAAUCCGCAGGUGUGCAGGCACGUAUAAAGGAGGUGGCUCCUCAGGCAACAUAUAUCCACUGUAACGGGCACUGUCUCAACCUGGUCAUCAGCAAAUCGUGUGCCUUGCCGCAGAUACGCAACGUGAUCGACCGCCUGCAGGAUUGCUGUCGAUAUUUCCUGCACAGCCCGAAGAGGAGCGGUGCGCUUGAGAAGGUGAUCAAUCACAACAUCGGAGACGAGACCAAGAGGAAGCCUCUCCUGGACCUCUGCAAAACCCGCUGGGCAGAGCGUCACAGUGCGUAUCAGCAUUUCUACCAAGCAUACGUGUUCAUUGUAGAAACUCUAGAAAUGAUCGCAUACAGCCGCCACCUCGACAAGUACGGAGACACUUACGCCGACUGGGACACCGGUAACCGAAGUGAUGCUCAUCAGAUUCUAAAGAGCAUCACUUCCUACGAGUUCAUCGUAGUCUUCCUGGUCGUGUACCAGUAUCUCUCCCAUCUAGCGGGGAUCACCGUAAAACUGCAGGGAAGGGCAGUGGAUAUCGUGGAGGCCCACGAGAUGGUAACGGAGAUCCAGGAAAUCUACAAAAAGGAGCGGGAAGAAGUUGAGAAAGGGUUCGGCCACAUCUUCGAACAAAGCCAGCGAAUGGCCGAGAAGGUUGGCAGUGCUCCUGAGAUGCCCCGUAUCGCCGUUCGGCAACAGCACCGAGCCAAUGCCAUGGCAGCCAGUCCUCGGGAGUACUACCAGAGAAAUGUAGUCAUCCCCUUUCUCGACCACAUCACAACUUCCCUGAGUGACCGGUUUGCAGCGUCUGCCAAGAUCGCGACAUCGCUGAUCGGGCUCGUCCCGACCAUAGUGUGCUCGAGAGACGUCCGUCUCGAGGACGCAGUUGCCCAGUACGAGGCCGAUCUGCCAUCGCCGGAAUUGUUUCCUAUGGAACUCAACCGGUGGAAAAACCACUUCAUGCCUGAUCCACCAGAGUUGCGGCCGGCGUCUCCCGCAGAGGCAAUCAAGCGCUGUGACACCACGAUGUUCCCGAAUAUCGGCGUUCUGCUGAAAAUCGCGUGCACUCUCCCAGUAACAUCGUGCGAGUGUGAGAGGAGUUUCAGCGCCCUACGAAGGCUAAACAACUACAUGCGCGCUUCUAUGGGGAAGAUUCGGCUGUCCAACCUGGCACUUCUACACAUCCACUACGACACUGACAUAGACCUAGACAAGGUAGUCGAUUGCUUUGCUCAACUCCACCCCCGCAGACUAGAACUGGACAACCUGUUAUAAGACCGCUAAGACCAAAGACAAUUAGGUUAAGAAUAAACGGUUAUGAGUUUAAGAACAAAUGUUUAUGAGUUAGACUGUUAAGCAUGUUAGAUGUUAGGUUAAGAUUAUCAAAGUUGGUAAGACUGUUAAGGCUGUUUAUUAUGUGCUGGGCUGUUAGGUUGUAAUCAGAACAUAAUUAUAUAAUGCUUUAUAUUUAAGACUGGUUAUGUGUGUGGACCAUUUCAUGACGGAUAUACUCAAUAUUUAUUUUUCUUCUUUUUCCUUAAGAUAAAAGACCGCUAAGACAAUUAUGUUAAUAUUUCGUUAAGAAUAAGUUAAGAGUUAGACUGUUACUGUCGGAUGUUAGGUUACGACUACCAAGUUGUGAUUGUGAAGGCUGUUAGGUGUAAGGUUAAGAAUAUUAAGUUACGAUUGCUAAGACUGUUAGUUUAGAACUGUUCAACAUGAUUAUAUAUGCUUUAUAUAAAGGCUGAUUAUGUGGAUCGAGGCCAUUUCAUGACAGAUAUAUAUACUCAGCACUUGUUUUUCUUCCAAUAAAUCUGACUCAGACUCUAAAACGGUCAUGUGGGUGUCUCUGAUUAUUCUCAUAAAACCCUCUCCAAAACGCGGGAAAUGCCGUUUCAGAAGGUUCCAGUUUCAAAAUUUUCCGGGGGAGAUGCCCCCGGACCCCCCUAGGAGCCUUGCGCCUU